AUGCUUCAGACAACCCGUCUAGCAUCCUUACUCGCACUCCUACCUCUGGCAUAUGCUGCUCUUGGGCCUCGUACUGAAAUAGUACUCACCAAUGAGGUUGUUGCACCCGACGGUUUCCCCCGAUCAGCAGUCCUGAUCAACGGGGGUGGUAAGGGCGUCCAGCCCGGACCCCUUAUCCAGGGUAGGGUGGGAGACACGUUCAAAAUCAAUGUUGUCAACAAACUACAAGACAAGACGAUGCCCACGAGCACGAGUAUUCAUUGGCAUGGAUUACUGCAGCGCGGAACCAACUGGGCUGAUGGCCCUGCAUUCGUGACACAGUGUCCGAUUGUUCCCAAUGAAGCGUUUGAAUAUGCUUUCAAAGCUUCACACCCUGGUACAUUCUGGUAUCAUUCACAUCUGUCUACACAAUACUGCGAUGGCGCCCGUGGCCCAAUGGUAGUGUAUAAUCCACGAGAUCCUUACGCAAGAUUUUACGAUGUUGACGACAGCUCCACAAUCAUCACUCUCGAAGAUUGGUAUCACGUCCCUUCUCUCCAAGUUCAAGGAGUUCCCACUCCUGACAGCACACUCAUCAACGGCCACGGACGCUCAAAGGAUGGACCAAAAAUGCCUCUCAGUGUAAUAAAUGUUGAACACGGGAAACGAUAUCGUAUCCGCCUCGUUUCGAUGGUCUGCGACCCCAACUACAGAUUCUCCAUUGAUUCGCAUACGAUGUUCAUCAUCGAAGCGGAUGCCGAUUACACGCAAAUGGUGGAGGUUGAUAGCCUCCAGAUCUUCGCAGGACAACGGUACUCCUUCAUUCUGCAUGCAACGCAAAACGUAGGAAACUAUUGGAUUCGUGCUAAUCCUAAUGUCGGUGCACAAGGAUUUGACGGCGGCAUCAACUCCGCCAUCCUACGAUACAAGGGUGCUCCAUGCGAAGAGCCAACCUCUAUACAAACCAACAGCACACGACCCCUACUUGAGACUGAUCUACACCCCUUGUACGACCCCAAAGCACCUGGUCGACCUGUCCCUGGCGGUGCAGAUGUCGUCAUCGACCUAGCAACUGCAUUCAACCUCACAUCUGCGUUAUAUACUGUCAACAAUAAGACCUUCGUCCCGCCAACACUCCCGGUACUCCUACAGAUUCUCUCGGGCGCUCAUAGCGCGCAAGAAUUACUUCCUACUGGCAGCGUGUACACUCUUCCUAGGAACAAGGUUGUGGAGCUGACACUUCCCGGCGGAGCUAUUGGCGGUCCACAUCCUAUCCAUCUUCAUGGCCACCUCUUCUCGGUUGUUCGGAGCGCCGGCAACUCCACAUACAACUUCGAUAACCCUGUCCGCCGCGACGUAGUCUCCAAUGGCGUUGCAGGAGACCUCGUAACCAUCCGCUUCGUCACAGAUAACCCAGGUCCUUGGCUCCUCCAUUGCCACAUUGACUGGCACUUCGAGCUUGGAUUCGCAGCAGUCUUUGCUGAAGAUCCCCAAGGGACAAAGAUAGCCAACCCUGUACCAGGCAACGGCGUGGUCGAAGCUAUGCCCUGCGUACGAAAAGUAUGCUUCAAAACCUGA